AUGACCGGAGAUGUCAUAACAACCGCAAGCCGGCCGUGCAUGCUACGGUUUCGAAGUCGACCACUUCGGCUGAUGCAAACAUUCUUAAUGGGAGUUCCAUUAUUGUUAGGGAUCACACACGAAGUCCAAACAGUAAAUCUACAGCUUCUAAGAUACAAGGAACACUACUACUCACGAACACGAUCCAUGAGACUUUCUCUAAUCCCUAGGGCAGGAACACCCUUCCUUCCGCAGCUAUACGAAGCAAAAGUAAUCGUGACCUCGGAGCUACCAUGGAAGAAAGAAUUGGUUCGAAGAUGGAAAUGGACGUUUUACGUCUGGACAUCUUUAUAUGUUUACCUUAUGCUUCUUGUAAUUCUGGUUUGUGUAUUUAGAUCGAUUAUGUUCCCCGCCAUGGCCAUGACGGUGGUUUCUGGGGAAGAAAGACUGGCGGUUUCGGAUGUUCCUGCGGAGGAGAUGAUGGGUGGGAAAGAUGGGCCGACUUCGGAGACGCUUAGACGAUGGAGACAAAGUAGAAGCAAGAGGAAGGCUAUGCUUUUGGGUGAGUGGGAUGCAACAAGUAUGAGUGUAACGAGGGAUGAGGAUACGAGCGUUACUACCGAAGAUGUUGGGGACUCGGAGUCGGUUUGUCACUGA